AUGUCUAGGCUGACCGCACAGGUACUAAGCCGAGCAUUCGUUGGGCCAAAGCUCUGCCGUGAUGCGCGCUGGCUAGACAUUGCUACAACAUACGUCUCGCACAGGAUGACUGCCGCUGUGGCCGUCCAGAAAUGGGGAACUGUGCUUCAGCCCAUUGUCCACUGGUUUCUUCCUUCUUGUCGCAGGCUGCGUGCGCAUAUCCAGACGGCGCGAGAACUGAUUCAGCCAGAGCUGGACCGGAUCAAGGAGAAUCCAUUAGAGGAUGAGACUUUCACCAGCCUGGCGUGGAUCCACGGCUUUGCUCAGGGCUAUAUAUAUGAUGCUGGCCUGGCGCAGCUGCGACUCACAGCCGUGGCGAACCAUACCACGUCCGAUAUGGUGACCAAGAUCCUGAUUAGAAUUUGUGAAAACCCAGAAUUGAUCCAGCCACUCCGCGACGAGGCCAUUGAGGCAGUCCGAGGAGGGCGCCUGCGUGUUGCUGCCCUGCAGAAGAUGUUUCUCAUGGAAAGUGUGAUGAAGGAAAGCCAGCGCCUAGAGCCAUUUUUUCUACUGUCCAUGUUUCGCUACGCAACGGAAACGGUCAUUCUUCCAGGCGGCACAACCAUCCCCCAGGGAACACUUCUCACUGUUGCAAACCCAAGCAGACUCGACCCUGCUAUCUACCCGGAUCCUGAGAAGUUUGAUGGCUAUCGCUUUGUCCGAAUGCGCGAUGACCCCGAGAACGCACACCUGGCGCCUUUUACCAAAACCAACCCAACAAACUUGAAUUUCGGCCAUGGAAAACAGGCAUGUCCGGGGCGAUUUAUCGCCGUGAACCAGAUCAAAAUUGCUCUCUGCCAUAUAUUGCUGAAGUAUGAUGUUGAGCUGGUGGAAGAAUGCCCCUCGCAAUUGAUACGGUCCGGGCUCCUUACAGUUAGGAACCCAGGCGCAAAGAUCCGAGUAAGACGACGGCAGGAAGAAGUCUCUCUUUAA